CCACGAUCGACCAAUCAUAGCAGCCCCAUUGGACCAUGGCUAACAUUCCAGCUCGUGCGAACGAUUCGCGGUAACUGACAGAGAGACAACCGUCUCUUGUGUGGUAGGGGUAGCUCCCAAGCCAUGGCGCAGCUGCCGUCCGACGUUCAUGUUGCAUUUUCCAUAAUGAUGUAACGAGCCAACGAGGGAAGGGGCCAGCUUAGCUAGGCAGCCUUAAUGAAUUUUCUCAUCUACCUGGGAAAAUUCUAUUCUUGUUCUGCAAAUAUCUGUUUCCUAGGUCUAAGAAGUCUAGUCACUAUUAGUCAUUGCUAAUAUAUCAUGCCAGGAAGACUCAAGUCACUCAUCGGGACGAUCAACAGGCGCCCUAGCAAGGCAGCUGAUGGCCGAACCAAUGAACAAGCUGCCGCUGCCGCGGGAGCUACAAACGGCGAGAAGACAAACGUCGUCUCUGAUCUCAUGGGGUUGAGUCUGAAGGAAAAACACACAAUUGCCCAUAACUUGCCCACCUUGGCGGCUGGAAACCCUUUAGACGACAAAGAAUUACUCCUUGAAAAGGGGGUUGAAAUGCUCCAGAAACUGCCUCCGAAUAGCGGCUUGAGCGAAGCUAUUUCUGAUGGGUUUAUAACCAUGCUAUGGGCAGAUCUACCACAUCCGGCAUUGACAUCAGCUGGGCCAACAUCGAGAUAUCGAAGACAUGAUGGUGGCGGAAAUAACCCAUGGCAUCCAGACAUGGGAAAAGCUGGGUCACCAUAUUCUCGCAAUGUGCCGCCUAUGAAACCUAAAGGCCCCAACUUGCCAGACUACGAGGCAGUUUACGACUCUUUGAUGAGGCGAGAAGAGGGUGUAUUCCGUAAGCACCCAUCAGGUCUAAACCGGAUGUUCUUCGCUUUUGCAACGGUUGUUAUCCACGAAUGCUUCCAAACCUCUCGAAAAGACCCAUUCAUCAACGAAACUUCCAGUUAUGUCGACCUGAGUACCCUUUACGGCAAUACCCAAAACGAGCAGAAGCGCGUCCGAACGUACGAAAAUGGCUUGAUCUACCCUGACUCCAUCGCCUCAGAGAGGAUCCUGAUGAUGCCGCCCCCAGUGGUGGCCGUCUUAGUUAUGUUUUCCAGACAUCACAACUUCAUCGCCAAUUCGUUGAUACAAGUCAACGAGGAGGGCAAAUACAAACUCUGGGAUGAGCUCGAUGAUGAGGGCAAGCAAUGGCAAGACGAAAAUAUAUUUCAAAUCUCACGGAACAUCAAUGUUGGUUUCUUCGCAACUGUAGUCUUGAAGGACUAUGUCUCAGCCAUUCUCAAUACCCCACGGGCCAAUUCUGAGUGGAAUCUCAACCUUGGUAAGGAGAUCAAGAAGUCCGGUCAACGUGUUGAGCGCGGCAGUGGAAAUGUUGUCUCGGUUGAGUUCGCAGUGCUAUACCAUUGGCAUGCUGCUCUUAGCGCUGCGGAUGGGAAGUGGAUGGAGGAUGUCUUGAGAGCCACUUUUCCCGAUCUCAAGUCCGUCGACGACGUCACCGAGGAUAUGUUUUACAAGGUGAUGAUGGAACACGGCCAUAGACUGAUGGCAACUCAGCCCAGGGAAUGGACUUUUGGUGGGCUUGAGCGUGAGGCUGACGGCAGUUUUAACGAUGUGCAGCUCGCAGAUCUCAUCAAAGACGCAAUCGAAGAGCCUGCUCAUGAAUUCGGAGCCCGCGGCACGCCAGCUAGUCUUAGGAUGGUAGACAUUCUAGGCCAAAAGCAGGCAAGAGAAGUGUUCAAUGUCUGCACUCUCAACGAAUUCCGCCGCUAUUUGAAUUUGAAGCCCUACGAAAGCUUUGACGAGUGGAACGAGGACACCACCGUUGCCAGGGCGGCUGAGCUGUUGUAUGGCCAUAUAGAGAACAUGGAGCUCUACCCUGGUCUAAUGGCUGAAUGUACCAAACCUGCGAUUCCUGGAAGCGGUGUCUGCCCAGGCCAGACGACUGGUCGAGGUAUACUAGAUGAUGCCGUCUCUCUUGUUCGAGGAGAUCGAUUUCUAAGCUACGACCUCAACAGCAAUACUUUGACCCAGUGGGGGGCUGCACUACUCCAGGACGGCGCUCCUGGUGCAUAUGGCGGAAUGCUGCCUAAGUUACUACUUAGAGGUCUCCCUGGAGCAUUCACAGGCACUUCAUCGUACGUGCUCCUGCCGUUCUAUACUCCAGAAGCUUCAAAAGGUAUUCUGAAGGGCAACGGUGUGCUGGAAAAGUACGACACAAAAAGACCUCAGAGUGGUAUGGACAUUAUUAGCAUCCAGACCCACGAAGGCUGCAAAAAGGUCUUCCAAGAUCGUGAUAACUUUCGUGUCAUGUAUCAGGAUGCAAUUCGCAACUGUACUGCUGGACACGACUUCAUGAUUGGUUGGGAUGACGCCAAACGGCACGAUGACCGAUCAACUAUUUUGCACAAGGCUUUCAUGGAAGAAGGCUUUGAGAAGAAUGUGGCUAAUUUCUUCAGCAACAACGUCAGGAAACUGAUUACGAAGAACUCCCUGAACUUGUCAAAGGGCAAGAGAUGCAUCGACAUUGUCCAAAAUGUGACCAACAUUACCCCAAUCCUAUGGCUCGCCGACAAAUUUGCAAUCCCACUGAAGACUGAAGAGAAGCCGAAGGGAAUGAUUUCAGUCUUUGAAGCCUUUGGCUUGUACCUGAUUCUUUUCAUGUACCAGAGCUUCAAUAUCAUGCCUGUGAACGAGUGGAAGCUUCGAGAAGCAGCCACGAAAGCGGGCGACAUUCUACGCCCAAUCUUCGAAACACAUCUGAAGACGCAAAGAGGUAUCAAGGAGAAAGCUGUGGAUUGGUUUGCCAAGGGUAGCGCUUUUGAGGUUGGUCCUCAGGCUGACCGCCUCUACCACGCCCUCAACGAGUCGGGGUUGCCAAUUGGGGACAUUGUCGGAGAUUGCAUUGGCCUAGGAGCACCUGUUGCAGGUAACAUCACGCAGCAAGCUUCUCUGCUUAUUGAUCUCUUCCUCAGCCCGGGGUACGAGCAGUACAAAGAACGCAUCAUCGAGUUGGCGCACAUGAAACCAGAGGACUCCGAUGGCGAGCUUCACGGCUUCGUAAUGGAAGCCACCAGGGAUAUCAUGAUCGAAGACGGCGCUCGUGGGCCCGUGCAUGUCAAGGCUGGACAUACGGUUCUCAUCGCCACAUCAAAGGCCGCCAUGGAUCCGACACAAUAUCCCGAGCCUGAUAAGCUCAACCCACAUCGUUCGAUGAAGGAUUACAUUCUCCUCGGCCAUGGCUUGCAUUCCUGCUUUGGCGCUGCGCUGAUCACACCCGCACUUGCCGCCACACUGAGGGAGGUGUUCAAGCUCAGGAAUGUUCGGCGUGCUCCUGGCAAGCUUGGGAAAUUCUCCAUUGUUGAACACGACCUGGCUGGUAUCGCAAUGAGGCAUUACUUAGACUCCUGUUCGAAGGAGUCUCCUAUCCCAACCUCACUUACUCUGUACUACGAUGCUUGAUAUGUCCUGACUCUUCUGCCAUACAAUAGUCAUUAUUCUCCAGUUGCUGUUCAGGUUGAUGCUGCUUAGGAGGCCUGUCUCCCUUUUUUAUACUUAGGUAAUCAGUAUGAAUAUUUACAUUUGGCUUAUUGAUCGUUUGUACCGCGUGUGGAUAUUACGUUCUAGUCAAAUGCGUAUCGCAGGUGUACCAUUAUAGGCCAAGAAUGAAGGGAUCACUACUAAUUGUCUCGCGCAACUGCUCGAUACCAGUAAAUCGCGAUGGCAUAUAGCAUUUCACCCUCUUGAAGAGGUCUUCCAAAUGUCUCAGCGCACGACAUGCCAAAAGAGCACCUGUCAGCCCUGCUUCUGUCCAUGUUUUUUUUUUUCAGAGUCUACGAUGAGU